AUGGUUAACCUGAUCAACAACAAAAUGCAUGGUCCUUGGCAGAUUAAGGACAUUAUUGAUCCAGAGAGUGGUCAAAGUGCUGGACAGCUGGAAAGUUGUCUGCGUCAGAAAGUUAGUGAGCUGCAGAGUACUCCACCAAUCAGAAGUGAUGAGAGAAGAUUAGUGAAAAGCAGUUCUAAAAGUCCUGGCAGGCCAGGUCGUAGUUUUACUCCCUUGAGCAAGGAGGUUUCCACCAAGUGGUAUCAAAGCUUGACUUUUCAGUUGGUUAACACCAAGAAAAGAAAGGAUCCUGAAGGAAUGGCUGCUCCACUCAAUAUGGAGGAAGGACAAUCUUCCACCGGGCCACCGCGUUUUAAUGGACAAUACUAUGGAUGGUGGAAUAAUCGAAUGCACGACUACAUCAACGCUGAUGACUCUGAGUUAUGGGACAUCAUUCUUAAUGGACCAUAUAUUCCUACAAAGGAGAUGAAGGAUGAGGAGCUUACCACCACUGUUGUCAAAACCAGAAAGGACUACAAUGAGGCAGAUAGGAAAAAGAUAGAAAAGAACUACAAAGCAAAGAAGAUUUUGGUGUGUGGAAUUGGAGCAGAUGAGUACAACAGGAUUUCUGCUUGUGAGACUGCCAAGGAGAUAUGGGAUUGUCUUCAAACAGCCCAUGAAGGAACUCAGCGAGUAAAAGAGUCUAAGGUUGAUAUGCUUACCACUCAGUAUGAAAAAUUCAUUAUGAAGGAAGGGGAAACCAUCUUUGAGAUGAACUCAAGAUUCACCUCUAUCACCAACGAGCUGAGAGGUUUGGGUGAGCCUAUUCCUGUCUAUAAGCAAAUUCGCAAGAUCCUCAAGGUGCUUCCAAAAUCUUGGGAAAGCAAGGUGGAUGCCAUAACAAAGGCCAAAGAUUUAAUGACGCUUCCUAUGGAUGAACUGAUUGGGAAUCUUCAGACCUACGAGAUGAACAAGAAACAAGGGAUAACUGUGAAGGAAGGAAAGAAGGAGAAGUCCAUUGCUUUGAAAAUAUCUCAAAGUGAGGAAACUCAUAACACCAGACCUCGCAAGAGGGACUUGGUCCCAGACCAUGCUCAAAGGAAGGCACCUGCAGAUCAGUUGGUGAGAAAAGCCUUUGCUGUGUGGGGAAAUGACUCAAGUGAAUCAGAAGAAUAUGUAGAGUGUCAUGAGGAUGUUUCAAUGAUGGCCAUUGAAGAUGAUGAAAGCAUUUCCAACUCUAUUUUCUCCUUAAUGGCAAAUUCUGAUGAUAAAGAGGAUUUAGACGAGGUAACUCUUUUUUAUCUUAAAGAUGAUCUAGAUAAUCUGCCUAUUGAAAACUUGAGGAAGCUUGCUGCUCUGCUUAUUGACUGUGUUGAUGAACGAACCACUGAAAACUUAAUGUUGAAUAAAAAAUUAAGUUUCUGUGAAGCUAAGAAUUCUGCUCUCAUGUCUCAAGUUGCUGAAAUUAGUGAAAGGAUAGGAACUCUAGAAACUAGUAACAUAACACCUGAGAAGAACCCUGGAAACUCAGUAGGUGGGAAGAGAAAGCUUUAG